UUAUCAAAAAGUAAAACAGCGACACAGUCCUCAGUCCACCCAUGUAAUCCCCCUUGUGGUCCAGAUAAAGCCAUUGAUGGCGAUAGGAAAACGUGCAUGAAGGAUAUGGGUAUAGGCAAAGGAUCUCCUGAAAAAUAUUUUUGGUGGAGCGUAGAUCUCGGGGAAAAUUACAGUAUUUACGACAUCAGUAUAGAUUUCAAGGACUACACAGACUACGUGAUAAGACAAAGAGGUCGUUUUGCCGGAUUUUCCCUUUACAUAUCCAACACUCCUAGGAAAGAUGACGGUCGUCUUUGUUACAAGAACACACUUCCGUUACCGCCGCUGGAGUUUAAGACAACGUGUAUAGGAUAUGGUCGUUACGUCAUCUAUUACAACGAAAGGCUGGACGGAGUUGCUUACCCUGAGAGAUACCAAUAUCAGAGUUCAUACACAGAAUUAUGUGAAGUGAAAAUACAAGGCUGUAAUAAAGCUGGUGUUUAUGGAAAUAACUGUAGUAUUCCCUGUCCGGUCAACUGUCAAAAGCAGAGUUGUAACAUUGUCAACGGAACAUGCCUAGGGUGUAAUCCUGGAUACGUUGGAAUAAUGUGCCAAACCGAGUGUCCUUGGAGGUGGUAUGGUGAAAAGUGUAAAAGCGAAUGUUCCGGUCACUGUAAAGGAAACAUUUCCUGUAACCACGUGACCGGAAAUUGUGACGCAGGAUGUGCAGCUGGAUGGAUGGGAGAGCAGUGUGACCAACGAUGUAAGAACGGAACUUUUGGUGAAGAUUGUGCUCAAAACUGCAGUAUCUACUGUUUUGGAGGCACUUCCUGCAAUAACCAGAAUGGACGCUGUGAAAAGGGUUGUUCUCCAGGAUAUAGGGGAAAUCUCUGUAAUGACAGUAAGUCACUUUUACACUGUUUUUGGCCAUCCAUGUAA